CCGGUGUUUUGUAAAGGCUUCACUCCACAGCCGUUGACGCUAGCUUAGGUAUGACAGCUAGCUACCGACUUCCUCCAAUAUGAAGGUUUUUGUUCCCUUUCUGAUCUCAUGGUGUGAAUCAGAGUUUAUAUAAGUAUGUUUGUGUUUUAACGGACCGAGUCGUAGCUGUUAUUUGAUGUUUUUAGAGCUCUGGAGAAGCUACACCAGCCGAAGCUCCCAUAGCUAGCUCAACCUACGUCAUCUGUUGUGAUGGAUGGAGACUUGCUGCUCGCCAUCCAGCUGCAGGAGCAGUUCAACAAUGAAUACGAGACCUCAGUGUUAUCAAACAGCUCUGAGGAAGCUGACCUGGGACAGAGCAACAAGAAGAGGAAGGUGGAGGUCAGAGGAGGAGGGGGCAGUGAUGUUGUCCCGUACUGGAGGGCAGCUGCCAAACCAGAGAGGCCUCUCUCCAUCGUGGAUGAGACCUGGGAGACUUUGGACCCCAACCCUGAUGUCAGAUCCAUGUUCCUGGAGUUCAAUGACACGUUCUUCUGGGGUAAGCUGAGUGGUGUUGAAGUGAAGUGGAGCCCAAGAAUGACACUGUGUGCUGGAGUGUGUUCCUAUGAGGGCCGAGGCGGACUGUGUUCAAUCAGACUCAGUGAACCUCUGCUGAAGCUCAGACCGAGAAAGGACCUGGUAGAGACCCUCCUCCAUGAAAUGAUCCAUGCGUUGCUGUUUGUGACCCAGAACAACAGAGACCGAGAUGGUCACGGCCCUGAGUUCUGCAAACACAUGAACCGGAUCAACGACGCCACAGGGACAAAGAUCUCUGUCUACCACAGCUUCCACGACGAGGUGGAUGUGUACCGGCAGCACUGGUGGAAAUGCGACGGGCCCUGUCAGCAACGCAAGCCCUACUUCGGCUUCGUGAAGAGGGCCAUGAACCGGGCUCCCUCCUCACAGGACCCCUGGUGGGAGGACCACCGGAGGUCAUGUGGAGGGACCUACACCAAGGUGAAAGAGCCUGAAGGGUACGGCAAAAAAGGCAAGAAGGAUGGAAAGAAGGAUGGAAAAAAGGACGGGAAGUCGUUAGAGAAGAAGGCCCCGGGACAAGGAAAACCUUCAAGCAUCACUGCAGGUUCUGGACUUCAGGACAUCAGGAACAUUAUCCCAUUCAGCGGCAAAGGCUUCCUACUUGGAGGGAUGUCUCAAAACCCAGCAUCCUCCUCUCCAAAGAAACUCCUCACCCCGUCUCCUCCAAUUAAAAGUCUCCGUUCUCCAGACAGCUAUGCAGUCUCCAAACCUUUCACCUCUGUCAGACCUGCUGCUGCUACAGGACCAAAACCUCCUAUAAAGAGGUCUGUCGGUAACACAAGGGUUUUUGUUAACAUCAACGGCUCGCCUGUGAGGAUCUCCAGACCCAGCAGCAGCAGCAGCAGCAGUGGUGGUAAUCAAGAAGUGAAUAAAGCCAAACAGAAGUCCAUCGAAGACCUCUUCUCCUCCCUGAGUCAGACCUCCAACUCAAUCACACACACUAAGAAAGACUCACCAAACUCUACAACAAGUGCUACCUCCACAUCUUCCUUCUCUUCCAAACAACAAAGUAACAACUCAGCUUCCUCUCAGAACAUAUCCAGACCUAGUCUCAGUGCUCCCAGAGAGUCUAAAGAGUCUAAAGGCAGCCCCGCUCAACCGACGCAGUCCAAGUAUUUCAGUAACUCUAACAGUGACGGUGUUUCCAGGAAGAGGGCGUGGGACGAGCGCAGCAGCUCAGCCAGCAUCUUUGACUUCUUCCAGAAGACGUUAGGCAGCGAUUCAGGAUCCCCCAGGGACUCUGGGAGGACAAAACCACCUGCAAUGCAGCAGAGAACCACCACCACUACUGCCACUGCUACAACCUCCUCCUCCUCCUCCUCUGCGUCUUCCUCCUCCUCCUCCUCCACCUCCUCCUCUGCAUUGAUGGUCAGCUGUCCCGUGUGCCAAGCGAAGGUGCAAGACUCAAAGAUCAAUCAGCAUCUUGAUUCCUGCCUCUCCUCGAUGGCGUGAAGGGAGGGUGCAAGAAAAAGUCUGAUGCAAUAUAAAACAACUUCCAAAAGGUUGA